AAAUAGAACACAUGUGCUACAUUGCUUUGAAAGAAUGAUCCUUCGAACUCUAGCCUCGCUAAAAGCAGGCAAACAGCUUUGCACCUAUUGCAAAUUCAGAGCCUCGUCUAUCCGCUCUUUUUCUGAGAAUGGAACCAAAUCAACGGUGCUGCCACAACAUCUUAUCACAGACUUCGAGUUUCAGAUUUCAGAAGCGGAUUUCAAAGAUUUAUCGGAGCUUUACUUGAACUCUUUGGCAGAUCAUUUGGACGGAUUAGCCUCAAAGGGAGUGAUCGAGAGGGAUGACUUCGACGUGGAACAUAGUGGAGAUGUUCUGACUGUGAACACUGGUAUUCGAAAUAUGAAAUAUGUCAUCAAUAGACAGACUCCCAACCGUCAAAUGUGGCUCUCAUCUCCUCUCUCAGGCCCCUUCAGAUACGACUACAUGGACAGAAGUUGGAUCUACAGACGAACAAAAGAGAAGAUGGUCACUCUACUAGACAGAGAAUUCAAACAACUCUACUCGGAAGACUGUCAAUUUGCACCAUUUGAAAGUACUUUUUUCAAAAAGGAAAACUAAAUAAGUUAACUUUCACAUAGAAAAAUUAUCGUGUUAUAACAUUGAUUCUUGAAAGUUGUUUGUAUAUUGUAUAUAAUUGAGAUACAAGCUUU